AUUUGUCUCUUGCCCGAUGCCUUUGCUUCCUGUUGAGGUGCCCUUUUAACUAUCGGGACCUCUCUCAGGGUCGAGAAGCCAAUUACGGGAAGCAUAGAGCGUUGCGGAACUCUUUUUGAGCAGAAAGCUUUUCGAGAACGUAAAACAUCAACGGCGGCACUCGGGGGCUGCAAGGGACAGGGCGAAUGCCUGCUGUGUUAAGUUCUCCUUGACGAUUGUUAUCCGAUUUAUUUAAAUGUCGAAAAUAUAGCAAGUACGGUGACGUGACAAAACCUUCUUGACGCCUAUAUGGAGGAUUGGGCCAUUUUCAGAUCAGGAACGGUAGCAGCCUUGUUGUUGGUGGCUUUGGUGAUAGCUCCGUUAAAAGUGUCAGCGGGUGUUUACAAACUGAAAUCAAUGAGGAGAGCGCAGUUGGCGGAAAAAUACGGGGACUGCUAUUGGUUGAGACCGAAAACCACAGAUAUCCCAAUAUCACUUUCAUUCAACGGACAUUGCUGUGAUGACGUCAACGAAGGGAUUAUGGAUUUCGAGUUUAACAAGAGGUCAGUCGGCCGUUCACUCCAAACUGCAUUUCAAUGGAAGAAGAACACCGAUUAUUACCUUGCUGUCAACACUACGAGCCAACAACUACAACUAGAGAAAAUUUCCGGAGGUCUCGGACCCAAGCACAAGUUUGUCAUGAAGUCUGCCCCAGUCGGCGAUGGUAUCGCGUCAUGCAUAGAGUGCGUGACCCUGAAAUCAGUUGCGAACGGCCUGUACCUAGCCACCACAGACACGGGCGCUAUCUCCAUGACAACGAGUAGGAAAAUGUACUCGGCCUUCUUCAAGUGGGAAGUUUGCCCGUAUUCAUUAGAUAUUUGCCGUCUGAAUAUAAUGAAAACCUGCCACUAAAGCUCAGUUACCUCCACAGAAAGCCCACUUCUUGGGUUUGAAUAUAGUUCGAAUGGUUUCUGAGAGCUUUGCGAUGUAGAUUUUGAUUUCGAUUUGUACUUCAAAUGCUGCAUCUUUUGUAUAAAGCCUAGGUGCUUUCCGAGCUUUCUUAUCGGUCAGCGGUUUAACGCGGCCGUCGUGACUGUUACUACUUCAUGUAGAUAUCAAUAUGGUUAGGGUUAGUUUUAGGGUAAGGGUCAGUAUCUAAGGCACACUAUAUUGCUAACUACAUGAAGUACCGGCCUUCGUUAAUACGAGCUUUGGUGUCACACCGGAGUGGCAAGCUCUCUGCGGUUUAGCGCGAAAAAGAAGUCAUCAUCUACGAAGAACAAUGUUAUUUAAAGAUUAGGUUGUGAAUCUUAUGAAUAUAAACUGUUGGACUGCGUAAGUAUGGUGUAAUCACAUUGACAUGAGGAUCCGCCAACGGCUAACUGAUACUCUGAGAUUACUUUUUAUUUAAAAAGAUUGGGUUACUUAUUUCAAAAGAAACGUUGCACGGUUGACGAAGCACAAGUGACCGAAAGGUGCUUAUGGGCAAAAAUUUUAACCCACAGAGAGGUCAACAUGUGACUACUUUUUCUUUUUUUUCUUUUGAUAUUCCAUUUAUAAUCAACUUGAUAUAAUGCAUCACAAAAAUAAUAUUAUAUUUGUGCAACAUUAGAAACAAGCUAGCCAAAAUAUAAUAAAAGGGUCGAGAAAACGGUCACAACUUUCCUCACUCUUACAAAAAUAUCGCCGGCGGCAGGUCGGAAUAUAUUUUAUCCUAGAAUUGUGUGAGCUUUUAUGAAUUUUAUCCUAGAAUCGUGUGAGCUUUUAUGAAUGCGUAAACAGAUGGGAAUCGGGUUCCGCAAGAUUUUUUUUAUAUUGACUUGUUAUUAUAAGUAGUAUAAUUUUACAAACUAAAAUGAACAUUACAAAAUUGAUCCUAAGCGUCCUGAGUAUAUGGGUGAGGUAAAUAACAGCUUUACACUUUUAAGCCAGUUUUUAGAGAAAGCUGCGUGGGUUGAACUGGAGAUCGUUAUAAAUUGAGGACACUAGACUGACGUCAAAACCACUCUCCAGGAAAAGCACGCUCAGCCCAAUCUCGAAAAACUGCGCACUAUUAAAUACAAACUACGAAAGAAUUUCCGUUGUUUUACGACCAGUUUCGGCUUUUUGCUUUAUCAAAAGCGCAAUGUACUGCCUCUAGCUAGCUGACGCUAUUCUUUCUUAAAGGAGCGACAGUUCAGUUAAUAAAACAUGUGAUUGGUA